AUCCCGACCUGGAGGGGCUGUGCCCGCCGGCCGAGCCCACCAGUAUCCUCGCCUGAGGACGGCCCGCCGCUCUCCAUGGUACUGCGGAGAGCUCAGCUCCGCCCUUCUCUUUCAGAAGGACAGCACCCGGCGUCACGUAACCCAGCCUUCUCAGGCUCCACCACUGCCUCCUCCUUCCCAGCUCUUUCCCUCUCUUCCUCCUCCUCCUGCUCCCCUCCGUUGCCUGUUUUCCCCUCCCGCACUCCUGGAGAUAGACGCUCAAGCCUGACGCCUCUGAAAAGGCAGCGGCAGUCGCCUUAUCCACAGACCUCAGGAAAUUCGCUUUGACCGAUGCAUGCUUCAGGCUCUGGGUCGAGCUAAGGGGAAUAACCGGGCAGAUUUUCUGGGUCCUUAUAAAAAGACAAAACCAAAAUGCAUCACCAACACACAACAAACUGAUAUGCUGGCAUCUUAGCUUGGCCUUGCAGAGGGAGAGAGGAAAGAAGAGGAGCUGUUGUGACACCUAACAGCUUCUGGCUAUUCCACAGCUUCUGGGUUCGAAACUUACAGUUGGGGAGGGAAAAAGAGAAGUAAAAUCCAGCCUGUGAGGCCAUGCAUAAGGAAUUCUGCGUUGGCUACAGUGAUGCAGGAAGCCCAUGAUAGGACAGAAGAAGCAGGCCUUUGAAGCUACUCAGGGGUUAAGUGGUGCCCGUAAAGAGGCAAGGAACAUUUCUCUCCCUUCUGGUUUGGGACAGCACAUCUGGAGGAGAAACACUUGAGGCAUUUACAAGUAUCCAAGGAUCCUGGUUCAUUGCUGGUUUCUUGUAUUUCCCUGAGAAGUAUUUGCUUCUCAACAGUCUCACUGCUUCGCUUUUGCCGGGUACCACUGAUGGUACCUGGUAGAUGAUAGUAUUUGAAGAGUGAAGCAUCUGUUGACACCACUGAUGCCCUUGAACUAGGUCAUCGGACUCAGAUGGAUAAGUAACUUCCUUUGACCUUCUGUUAAACGCCUUUUCCAGAACGUUGCUUCCAAAGUGUAUCCUCCCUUUGGUCUGGAAGAUCUGCUGCUGCCCUGUACAACUGGGGUCUACGUUUUCCAGUUGGGAGGGGACUAUCGGGAGAGAGGGAGGGGUUGCUGGAAGAAGAAGAAGAAAAAAAGAGCUAGAUAAAGGAGGGUGCAUCCCUCCCACUCCUGCCCAUCCCCUUACCCUACUUGUUUCCGGACCCUCAUUUCUACAUCACGGUGUCCAGGACCAUUUUGACCCUGUCGGCCCCGGCACCCCCUCGCCGCACCCCAGCCCCGAGCAUGGGGACGGCGCUUCUCCAGCGCGGGGGCUGCUUUCUCCUGUGCCUCUCGCUGCUGCUCCUGGGCUGCUGGGCAGAGCUGGGCAGCGGGCUGGAGUUCCCGGGCGCUGAGGGCCAGUGGACGCGCUUCCCGAAGUGGAACGCCUGCUGCGAGAGCGAGAUGAGCUUCCAGCUCAAGACGCGCAGCGCCCGCGGCCUAGUGCUCUACUUCGACGACGAGGGCUUCUGCGACUUCCUGGAGCUCAUCCUGACGCGCGGCGGCCGCCUGCAGCUCAGCUUCUCCAUCUUCUGCGCGGAGCCGGCCACGCUGCUGGCUGACACGCCCGUCAACGAUGGCGCAUGGCACAACGUGCGUAUCCGCCGGCAGUUCCGCAACACGACGCUCUUCAUCGACCAGGUGGAGGCCAAGUGGGUGGAGGUCAAGUCGAAGCGCAGGGACAUGACGGUGUUCAGCGGGCUCUUCGUGGGGGGGCUGCCCCCGGAACUGCGCGCCGCGGCGCUCAAGCUGACGCUGGCCUCUGUGAGGGAGCGCGAGCCCUUUAAAGGGUGGAUUCGCGACGUGAGGGUCAACUCCUCCCAGGCGCUGCCCGUGGACAGCGGCGAGGUGAAGCUGGACGACGAGCCGCCCAACAGCGGCGGGGGGAGCCCGUGUGAGGCUGGUGAGGAGGGCGAGGGCGGGGUGUGCCUCAACGGAGGCGUGUGCUCCGUGGUGGACGACCAGGCGGUGUGCGACUGCUCGCGAACCGGCUUCCGCGGCAAGGACUGCAGCCAAGAAGACAACAAUGUGGAAGGUCUGGCGCACCUGAUGAUGGGCGACCAAGGUAAAAGUAAAGGAAAAGAAGAAUAUAUUGCCACUUUCAAGGGAUCUGAAUACUUCUGCUAUGACUUGUCUCAAAACCCCAUUCAAAGCAGCAGCGAUGAAAUAACGCUGUCCUUUAAAACUCUUCAGAGGAAUGGACUGAUGCUUCAUACUGGGAAAUCGGCUGAUUAUGUCAAUCUUGCCCUGAAAAAUGGAGCUGUCUCUCUGGUCAUUAAUUUGGGAUCAGGGGCCUUUGAAGCACUAGUGGAGCCCGUGAAUGGAAAGUUUAAUGAUAAUGCCUGGCAUGAUGUGAAAGUCACCAGGAAUCUGCGUCAGCACUCAGGCAUUGGACACGCUAUGGUGACAAUAUCAGUGGAUGGGAUUCUUACCACUACGGGCUACACGCAAGAAGAUUAUACCAUGCUGGGGUCUGAUGACUUUUUCUAUGUUGGAGGCAGUCCCAGCACAGCAGACCUUCCAGGGUCACCAGUCAGUAACAACUUUAUGGGCUGUCUCAAAGAGGUUGUAUAUAAAAAUAAUGAUGUAAGACUGGAAUUAUCUCGACUUGCCAAGCAAGGAGACCCUAAGAUGAAGAUCCACGGAGUGGUGGCAUUUAAAUGUGAGAAUGUUGCAACUUUGGACCCAAUAACCUUUGAAACCCCAGAGUCUUUCAUCUCUUUGCCUAAAUGGAAUGCAAAGAAAACGGGCUCCAUAUCAUUUGAUUUCCGCACAACAGAGCCAAAUGGCCUCAUUUUAUUUAGCCAUGGCAAACCAAGACACCAAAAAGACGCCAAACACCCUCAGAUGAUAAAGGUUGAUUUCUUUGCUAUUGAGAUGCUAGAUGGCCAUCUCUACCUCCUCCUGGACAUGGGGUCAGGUACAAUAAAAAUCAAAGCCCUACAGAAGAAGGUGAAUGAUGGAGAAUGGUAUCAUGUGGACUUCCAAAGAGAUGGACGGUCAGGUACCAUUUCUGUCAACACACUGCGCACGCCCUACACAGCGCCUGGCGAGAGUGAGAUUCUGGACCUGGAUGAUGAGCUGUACCUGGGGGGCUUGCCGGAAAACAAGGCUGGCCUCGUCUUCCCCACCGAGGUGUGGACUGCUCUGCUCAACUACGGCUACGUGGGCUGCAUUAGAGAUUUGUUCAUUGACGGCCAGAGCAAAGAUAUCCGGCAAAUGGCUGAAAUUCAAAGUACUGCUGGAGUGAAGCCCUCCUGUUCAAGGGAAACAGCAAAACCGUGCCUUAGCAACCCUUGUAAAAACAACGGCAUGUGCAGGGAUGGGUGGAACAGAUAUGUCUGUGAUUGUUCCGGAACAGGCUACCUUGGCAGGUCCUGUGAGAGAGAGGCAACGGUUCUGAGCUAUGAUGGGAGUAUGUUUAUGAAAAUCCAGCUCCCAGUGGUGAUGCACACGGAGGCUGAGGACGUGUCCUUACGGUUCCGAUCCCAGCGCGCCUAUGGCAUUCUCAUGGCAACCACCUCCAGAGACUCGGCAGACACCCUCCGCCUGGAGCUGGAUGCAGGGCGUGUGAAACUGACGGUCAACCUAGAUUGUAUCAGGAUUAACUGUAAUUCCAGCAAAGGUCCCGAGACCCUUUUUGCCGGCUAUAACCUCAAUGAUAACGAAUGGCACACAGUGCGUGUGGUCCGUCGGGGAAAAAGUUUAAAGUUAACCGUGGAUGACCAACAGGCCAUGACAGGUCAAAUGGCAGGUGAUCACACAAGGCUGGAAUUUCAUAACAUAGAGACUGGCAUCAUCACAGAACGCCGGUAUCUGUCUUCUGUCCCCUCCAACUUCAUUGGACACCUCCAGAGCCUGACAUUUAAUGGAAUGGCGUACAUUGACUUGUGUAAAAAUGGUGACAUAGAUUACUGCGAGCUCAAUGCCAGAUUUGGCUUCAGGAACAUCAUAGCAGACCCUGUCACCUUCAAGACCAAAUCAAGCUAUGUUGCCUUAGCUACAUUGCAAGCCUACACUUCUAUGCAUCUUUUUUUCCAGUUCAAGACAACAUCCCUAGAUGGACUAAUUCUAUAUAAUAGUGGGGAUGGAAAUGACUUUAUUGUGGUCGAAUUAGUUAAAGGGUACUUACAUUAUGUGUUUGAUUUGGGAAAUGGUGCUAACCUCAUCAAAGGGAGCUCAAACAAACCUCUCAACGACAAUCAGUGGCACAAUGUGAUGAUAUCAAGGGACACCAGCAAUCUCCACACUGUCAAGAUCGACACGAAAAUCACGACACAAAUCACCGCGGGAGCCAGGAACUUGGACCUCAAAAGUGACUUGUAUAUAGGAGGAGUGGCUAAAGAAACAUACAAAUCUUUGCCGAAACUCGUCCAUGCCAAGGAGGGCUUUCAAGGCUGCCUGGCAUCAGUUGAUUUAAACGGACGACUUCCAGACCUCAUCUCGGAUGCUCUUUUCUGCAAUGGACAGAUUGAGAGAGGAUGUGAAGUUGCAUUGAUGAAAGCUGACUUGCAAGGACCCAGCACAACCUGCCAGGAGGACUCCUGUUCUAAUCAAGGCGUUUGCUUGCAGCAAUGGGAUGGCUUCAGCUGUGACUGUAGCAUGACUUCCUUCAGCGGGCCACUCUGCAACGACCCUGGGACGACGUAUAUCUUUAGCAAAGGUGGUGGACAAAUCACGUAUAAGUGGCCUCCUAAUGACCGUCCAAGUACACGAGCAGACAGACUGGCCAUAGGUUUUAGCACUGUUCAAAAAGAAGCUGUAUUGGUGCGAGUGGACAGUUCUUCUGGCCUGGGUGACUACCUAGAGCUACAUAUACACCAAGGAAAAAUUGGAGUUAAAUUUAAUGUUGGGACAGAUGACAUCGCCAUUGAGGAGUCCAAUGCAAUCAUUAACGAUGGGAAAUACCAUGUAGUCCGUUUUACGAGGAGUGGUGGCAAUGCCACGUUACAGGUGGACAGCUGGCCAGUGAUCGAGCGUUACCCUGCAGGAAACAAUGAUAACGAGCGCCUGGCGAUUGCUAGACAGCGAAUUCCAUAUCGACUUGGUCGAGUAGUUGAUGAAUGGCUACUCGACAAAGGGCGUCAGCUCACAAUCUUCAAUAGCCAAGCAACUAUAAUAAUUGGCGGGAAAGAGCAGGGCCAGCCCUUCCAGGGCCAGCUCUCUGGGCUUUACUACAAUGGCUUGAAAGUUCUGAAUAUGGCAGCCGAAAAUGAUGCCAACAUCGCCAUAGUGGGAAAUGUGAGACUUGUUGGUGAAGUGCCUUCCUCAAUGACAACUGAGUCGACAGCCACUGCCAUGCAGUCAGAGAUGUCCACAUCAAUUAUGGAGACCACCACAACCCUAGCUACUAGCACAGCCAGAAGAGGAAAGCCUCCUACGAAAGAACCCAUUAGCCAGACCACCGAUGACAUCCUCGUGGCCUCAGCAGAAUGUCCCAGCGAUGACGAGGACAUUGACCCCUGUGAGCCGAGCUCAGGUGGGUUAGCUAACCCAACCCGAGCAGGCGGGAGAGAGCCAUACCCAGGCUCAGCGGAAGUGAUCCGAGAGUCCAGCAGCACCACGGGCAUGGUGGUGGGGAUAGUAGCUGCUGCCGCUCUGUGCAUCCUCAUCCUCCUCUAUGCCAUGUACAAGUACAGGAACCGGGAUGAAGGCUCCUACCAUGUGGACGAGAGUCGAAACUACAUCAGUAACUCAGCACAGUCCAAUGGGGCUGUCGUAAAGGAGAAGCAACCCAGCAGUGCGAAAAGCGCCAACAAAAAUAAGAAAAACAAGGAUAAAGAGUAUUACGUCUGAUCCCAAGAUCUUAAAAAGACCCUUGUAUAGAAAUAGUCUUCAUUUUAUCUGAGACAUAAUAUAAACUUAUUUACUUUCCUUUUUAUGAAGCACAUACAAAAGAAGACAGGGAAUGCAAUCAGGAAGGAAAGACUGUUUUUAAAAAAUAAAAAGUAUCUCAUGCUCUUGUUUCUCCAAAAAAGAAAGGAAAAAAAAAAAAAAACAAAAAAAAAACAGGGGCCAAUAAAUUCCCUAACAUCCACAGUGUUUUCAUUUACUCUGCCUGUCUUUAUGUUGCUGGAACAUUCCUAAAAGACAGUGAUGACCGCACGCAUUCAUAAAGCAAAGGAGUAUUACAACAUCAAGG